ACCUGACACUCAAGCAAGAUGUUGAGGCUGCUGGUACUCGCUGUAUUGGUCCUUGGUGGACAUUGUUUUGGAAACCUCCGCUUCCUGGAGGAUAACACUCGUGUGGUAGGAGGAACUGAUGCUUCCCCAAAUUCUUGGCCAUGGCAGGUUUCACUCCAGAUCCAAUCAGGCAGUGGCUUUUCCCAUACUUGUGGAGGUUCCUUGAUCCGCCCCGACAGAGUCCUGACUGCUGCUCACUGUGUGGACAGAGCCGGACCAUUCCGUGUCAUACUGGGUGAGCACAAUCUGAGUGUGAACGAGGGCCCCGAGCAGAUCAUUGCUGUUUCUCAAAUUGUGAAGCACGUCAACUGGAACCCAAACAAUGUUGCUGCUGGGUUUGACAUUGCUGUGCUCUAUCUGGCCUCCAGCGCCUCCUUGAACAGUAACGUGCAACUGGCUACUCUCCCCAAUGCUGGAGUAAUUCUGGCUCACAAUUCCCCUUGCAUUAUUUCUGGAUGGGGCAGGACUGUCACCAAUGGACCACUUCCCGCCAUCUUGCAGCAAGCCCCUCUGCCUUCAGUAGCCCACUCCACUUGCUCUAACUUUGCCUAUUGGGGAAGCACAGUUAAGACCUCCAUGGUGUGCGCUGGUGGUGAUGGAGUUACUGCUGGAUGCAAUGGAGAUUCUGGUGGUCCCCUCAACUGUCCUAACAACGGUGUAUAUGAAGUUCACGGCGUUACCAGUUUUGUGUCCUCCUUGGGAUGUAAUGCUUACCUGAAGCCCACAGUGUUCACCAGAGUCUCUGCUUACAUCGACUGGAUCAACAAUAACAUCUAAGCAGAAUACAGCAGAUGUAACACCAAGAAGCAUAACUGCAGCUAUUCAUAAAACAGGAUUAGUUUAUAUCACUAUUAUUUUCAUGUUGCAUAUAACAUCUUAUUAAAG